AUGUUAGCUGGUAUCUUCAGGCGGGAGGCAUACUUACGAAACUACAGGUGUUUGAUGAAGGAAGAAGGACGCGUUCGCUCAGGUCAAGCAUCGUUGAGCAAGGUCUGCCGCCGCUCCUGCUCCGAGGGAAGUCGCGCUGACCCCAAUUGGGACGAGAAGCUACAACGGGCAGGCACGCUCGACCAGAACAAGGAAGGAAACCUCGCGACCUCAGAGAACCAGCAUUCUGCCCCUCCGAAAGCGCCCGAUCUCAGUCAGAGACUGCUCGAGAGGCUCACGCAACGGCUUGCACCUCGUGGCGCACGGACGAAACGCGUCGCGCGCUCAACCUUUAGUACCGUACUUGCUCCCUACCUUUCCAUUCCCCCAUCGAAGCAAGUUUUCAUCAUGGAUAUUAACAUGCUUCCCCCCUCGCCCUCUGGGCUUUCCAACAACAAGAAGGCGAAGAAGGCCUCCGCGAAGAUUCUUCGCAAGGCCGUCAACGCUCCCUUGCCGCAGUCGGACGAUGCUGAUCUCAUCGUUCAUGAGCAAAGCUCCAAUCCUUCGGGUGAGGAGUCUUUGUCAACUACAUCCGGGCCUCUUGCAGUCCAUGAGACUGAAGAGGCUUCUGGUGACCUCAUGGUUCUCGAGCCUGAGGAAGACCGUGACGCGACUGCGGGCCAUGAGCCCAAGGUCGAUGAGCGGGAAACGGCGGAUCCGGACGCGCCUUGGCCGUUCAUGAUCCACCCGUUUCAAGACGACUCGCUCAUCUUGUAUGAGAGAGUCGCUGCCUUCAAUCACUUCGAGCGUACGGUGAAAGCCGAUCGCAAGGAGUGGGAGGAGGAGAAGGCCCCAUGUGGUUCUUGUGGGAAGAGGCACCCGCCUCCGUGCGCUACGCGCAGUCAACUCGCCGCUAUCAAGGGCGCGAUGGCUGAGGGUAGGCAGCUUCGGAAGGAAUGGGAUGUCCAAGGUCGUCGCCCGCUCGGUGAACCCCAAGGGGAAAUGCUGAAGCGCGAGGUGAAGAUGGCGAAUAGUCAUCAAGGCCUUUCCACACCUGCAGUGGCCGCCAAGACUGCUUUUUGCAGUACUUGUGCAAAGUACCACCCUGGUGGUGCGAAGGAGUGCACCGUCCCCUUCUGCACCAAAGGGUGUUCCCUGAACCACCCUCUUGGAGAGGCUUGUGGCGCGGCGGUAAAACGCUUCGCUAAUAUCAAGCAUCUACACGGAGGUGGUGAUGGACCAAGCGAGGAGAAGAAGUCGGUGCCUGCGCCCUCAAAAGCAAUGGCUCCUGGCGGCUUUGAUGCUGAAAAGUUCAAAGCCUUCUACGACGCUAUUGGUGACGAUCCCGACGUUGCCAACGCAUCUGUAGAGCUCUUCAAGGCUUUGGCCACGAAGAGACCUGCAGAGGAGCCGGCUGCAAAGCCGAGUUCCAGCAAGAAGGGCAAGAAGAAGCAGAAGGCAGGUGGUGAGAGCCCCUGUCAAGUCCCGAAGCCGGCGCCGGAAGAACCUAAGGGUUCUGACGACAAAGGCAAGGCCAAGGCCAAGAAGGGCGGCGUUUCAACGCUCACUGGGACUGUUUUCAGCCAUCGCUGA